AUGUCGCCGGAAGAAUACGAGAAAGUCCCGCUCAAUGAUCAAGAGGGAUUUGAAAGAGACCUUGCUUCAGCGAAUAAAUCGUUCUACUCGAGUCCGAAGCUGCUGAAUCGAGGCCUCAUCGCAGCUCUUGUCGUGUCAAUGCUGGGGAACGUCUUCACCGUAUUGCACAGCCUACAGCUUCGUGUCGUUGCAGUCGAUGACUUCCGGAGCCCUCAUGCCGGUCUCCGCCGCAACGUGCCGAUACCAUAUCACGAGGACUUCGAAUACACCGACCCCGAUCAACCUAUGUGGGGUACUCCCUGGGACAAUGUGAGCGAAGAUCGUGGCGUGGUUGCCAUGACAGACGAGUGGGCCGACGCACAUGGAGUCAUGCUUGCUCAGCGAUUUGCUUGGGACGACUCGAGGGGGAUAUAUCUCUUGGCCAGCCACCACAAUUUCCACUGUCUGCGCAACAUCCGCAUCGCACUCAUUGAGGCCCGCGACAAUCUUCCCCAGAGCCGCGGCUUCGGCCACCUGAUGCACUGCCUCGACGGCAUCCGGCAGGACAUCAUGUGCGAUGCUGAUGACAAUCUCCGCUGGACUGGUCCCGGUGCGAAACUUGUAGCAGGGAACGGGCAGAUGCGGAUGUGUAGAAACUUCAGCGAGCUGGAGGAGUGGGCGAAGCAGUACUCAGCGUGCUACAACUAUAAGGGCGACGAUGUUGACGGGUUCCCAAUCAUUGACCACUAUAAGCAUUGUCCUAAGGGUGUCCAUUGGGCGAAGUUGGAUGCUGAGUUGGUCAAAGGCUAG